AUGAAGUACUCGGUUGCUUUUGUUUGGUGUCUUUUUAUAUUUUCAAUAGUGGUUCAUUCUGAGCCAGUCGAUUAUAAUAUUCGUGGUACUAUCAAACCUGGUUGGGAAUUUAUUCGAAAUUUAUUUCGAGAAAAUUUCGUACAAGAUCGAGAUCUGGGUGCUUCCGUAGCGGCUUAUUAUCAAGGAUCAUUGGCGUUUGAAUUAGGAGGUGGAUGGUUUGAUCAAUCGCGAACAAAACCUUACGAUGUCGAAACUUUGCAAUUGGUCUUCUCGACUUCAAAAGGUCUUGUUGCUGCCGCUGUUGCACUUGCAGUUCAACGUGGUCUUCUCGACUAUUCAGCUUUAGUAACUCGUUACUGGCCUGAAUAUGGACAAAAUGGAAAAGAAAAUACCACUGUAGCCGACAUAAUGUCCCACCGAGCCGGAUUGCCCUAUAUUUCGAAACCAUUCGAACAAUUCUUGGAUUGGACAGCAAUGAUUCAUACAUUAGAACAAAUGGCACCAUUGUGGUCACCUGGAUCAGCACAUGGCUAUCAUGCAUACACCUAUGGAUGGCUUGCAGGAGAACUCAUUCGACGCGUGGAUCCGAAGAAACGAUCUUUGGGUCAAUUCAUUCGAGAGGAGAUGUCGGAUCCCAUCAAUUUCGAAUUUUUUAUUGGUCUACCAAUAAACCAGGAAUAUAGGGUAUCGCCAGUCGAAUUAAGUGAAAAUUUAAAACAAAAUAUCAACGAAUCUAACAUAGAACUAGUUGCUUUAUUCAAUGAUCCUCGCACACGUCGAGCAGAGAUACCGGCAGCAAAUGGGAUUGCUACUGCUUCAUCUAUUGCUAGAUUGUAUUCAGCAUUAAAUACUGAUUUGGAUGGUGGAAAAUUCAAACGACUAUUGAACGAAGAUAUUCUCAAAUUAGCUACUCGAUCGAAUACACCUGAAGGUGAAAUUGAUCUAGUCAUGCAACUAAACGUUUCGUUUGGUAUGGGCUUUUUAUUAUUCCAUGAUAUUUUCCCAGAAUUUGGACCAGAUACUUUUGGUCACGACGGAUUUGGUGGAAGUAUCGGUUUUUGUGUACCAACAAAAAAUUUCUCCUUUGCUUACGUCAUGAAUCGGCUGGAGGGUGCAUCAGCUGACGGGUAUCCACGUAUUGCGUCUAUGUUGAAAAAAAUUGCUGAAUUUCUUAAUCAAUAA